AGACAGACACCGAACAUGGCGGCGCUCGGCGGCCGUGCAAGUCGGCCAGAAAACGGCGAAAAGCAAAACAAAUCUCCACUCGUAUCUCCUCUGAAAGUGCGAGAACUUCUCAACGAAGGGGUCGCUUCGGAAGACAACGUAUUAAAUUGUUCUCAGCAGGAUCCAAACACACUGUCUCCAAACGGCCUUGGGAAAGCGCCUUGUGAGGCGGCAAACAAAGAAGCAUUUUUCAACAGAGUGGAAUCUUACUCCUGUCUCAAAUGGGCCGGGAAGCCCCGUUCACUCUCGCCGCUGAGAUGUGCGCGAUACGGCUGGAUCAAUGUAGACUGUGACAUGCUGAAGUGUACUAGUUGCCAGGCUUUCCUCUGUGCGUCAAUCCAAACAACCUUAGACUUUCAGAAAUAUGAAGGACGGAUUUCGGAGCUGAUACAGCAGCUUCAAACGCAACAUGAGAAGUUUUGUUCCUGGCCAGAUUUUCCAUGUCCAGAUCGCUUCUGGAUGGUUCCUAUUAAUGAGCCUACAGUGUUACUUAGUGCCUUUCUAGACCGUUUCAAAAGUGCUUGCGCACUAGAACAGCAGCUGCCUGCUAUGAAACCAGAACAACUCAAAGCCAUGACCUUGACUGAAGAUGUAAUAAGUGUCCUCCUGCAGUUGAUUGAAGAUGAGCAAGUGAAGCAGGGUGGUUCUCCUUCCAAGCUCUCAGCAGAACCACUCUCUAUACAGGUUGCGGCAUGUAUCACAGCUCUUUGUGGUUGGGCAGCCAGCCCGUCACUCCACGCUAUGAAUCUCCCCAUCCUCACUUGCUCAUACUGCAUGAGAAAGGUGGGAAUGUGGAACUUCUAUCAAAUGGAGACCGUUUCAGAAAGUGAAAACCCUCCACAGUCUCCAACAUCUACGACAUCUACUCCAUCCCAAAGCAUAAGUGGGGAAAAAGGAGCACCCACCUCACCAUCCCAAUCCCCCACUCCAUGCCGCAUGAAACUGCGUAGUCAAGACUCCACACGCUCUGAGCAGAUGGAGAGUACACCAUCCCCACUGGUCCUCCGCACCAGAAGCAGGGACUCUCCUAUCCCGCAUGAGGAGAUUCCCAGCCCCCUGUCCAGGGGCAAGAGACCCAUGACUCGCAGCAGGGGCCAAGGAGAAAACCUAGCCAUUGAUGUACCUUCUAGUCCACAGCGGAAGACAAAACGCCCACGUCUGUCCUCUGUCGGUGGCCCUGAAGGCCCCAUGCACAGAAAUGUUUUUGACCCAGUAGCCCAGCACAGAGACUGGUGUCCUUGGGUGAGUGUGGAAAAAGAGGAAGGCGAUCUAGAUGGCUCUGUCUUUGUUGGCUCUGAGGCUGAGCUCCCUCAGCCAGGCUGGAAAGCAGUGCUUGCGCUGUUCUUAUCCAUGAAGAGAAGCCUCAGUCCAGUAGGAGCCAGUCCAUCUCAGGGUCCUCAUGACAAAUCAAAAAGGGUGUUUUCGAUAUUCCGACAGUGGCAGGUAUCUUCCCCGUCCCAGUAAGUUGUGUUUCAGAAGGUGGACUGGGAAACCCUGGUGAUUAUCAUAGUGGUACGCUGUCCUUUGUAACAAUGACAGUAGGUUUCAGAGUGUUUCUUGAUCAUGUGAGUCUUGUUUACAGUAUCGGGUUUGAAUGGGAAAGGGACAGUAAAUCCACACGGAUCAAGCGGCCUGUGCUGAAAGACCUUGGCUUGGAGCACGAAAGCCCGGCAGUGUUCUGAGAAAUUGUAAUUUUACCACACUGUUUUGAAUCUGGACCCGGCGUUAAAACAUCAACUGGUGACCAACGCUCUUUACUUCACACGGGCAGCCAUAGUAGUCCUAAGCACAAGGCUUCAAAGGCUUUUAGCCUAAAUUUAGGAACGCUUUAGGUGAAGCUCCGAGAACUACACUGGAAGAUGUGCUAGUUGUAUCAACGCUUUAUACAUGAUAGUUUAGUGUUUUCAAGUUUUUGUUUUUUCUGCAUUGUCUAAGUAGGUAUAUUAUAAUUACCUCCAUGAAUGUGAAUGGGCUGAACAACAUUUUUAUCUCUAACAUUUUUUAAGAUGUUUAUCACCUUUGUCACCUAAUGCCAGCUUAAAUAGAAAAGAGUGCCAAUGUAAAUGGUUUUGCUUUUGAAUCACUUUCCUUGUAAGUGCUGCCUGUAGUGCAUCACGCAUGUUAUUCUUGUGCAUGUGUGGCUAAAUUUAAUAAACAUUUUUU